UCAAUAACUCAUUUCAUUUCUUAUCAUAAACCAUAUUUCGCCCCUCUCUCUCUCUAGAAUUGUUCCACUUAACCGGAAAAAUGGACGUAAGCAGCAUAGAUGAAAGCACAACUAGUGAAUCCAUUUCGAUGACCCCGCCAGCGACGGAGACGAAUCCUCCGGCGGAGAAGCUCUGCCGCGUGGGAAGCGGCGCGAGCGUGAUCAUCGACGCGGCUGAGAACGGCGUGGAGGCGGAGUCGCGGAAGCUCCCGUCGUCGAGGUUCAAGGGCGUGGUGCCGCAGCCAAACGGGCGGUGGGGCGCCCAAAUCUACGAGAAGCACCAGCGCGUGUGGCUCGGCACCUUCAACGAGGAGGAGGAAGCCGCCCGAGCCUACGACACCGCCGCCCAGCGCUUCCGCGGCCGCGACGCCGUCACCAACUUCAAGCCCUUAUCCGAGCGCCACCACGACGACGGCGGCAUCGAGGCCACCUUCCUCAACUCCCACUCCAAAGCCGAGAUCGUCGACAUGCUGCGCAAGCACACCUACGCCGACGAGCUCGACCAGAGCCGCCGCCACUUCGGCGACAGGAGGGGCCGCAGCGGCCCCUCCUGCUCGCGCGCGGAUAAAGCUCCCGAGCAGCUCUUCGAGAAGGCCGUGACGCCCAGCGAUGUAGGGAAGCUGAACCGCCUCGUUAUCCCCAAACAGCACGCGGAGAAGCAUUUCCCAUUGCAGAGCGGGAACAGCUCCAAGGGAGUAUUGCUCAACUUCGAAGAUUCUGGCGGUAGUGUUUGGAGAUUUCGGUAUUCUUAUUGGAACAGCAGCCAGAGCUACGUGCUCACCAAGGGCUGGAGCCGUUUCGUCAAGGAGAAGAAUUUGCAGGCCGGCGACAUUGUCACUUUCAGUCGAUCCACCGGCCCGGAUAAGCAGCUUUACAUAGAUUUUAAGGCCAGGAAUAGCGACGCCCCGGCCCAGGAUAAGCCCACGGUAGUGAGGCUGUUUGGUGUGAACAUAUCGGGCGGCGGCGAUGAGAGCUGCGGUGGGAAGAGGAUGAUGGAGAUGGAGAUAUUCGGAUUGAAAAAUGCUAACAAGAAACAAAGGAUUAUUGAUGCUUUGUGACAUCUGAUUUCAAGAUUUACUAUUUUUUAGUAGUUAAUUUCUAGGUAUUUUGUUGUUUGAUUUUUGUAAUCACUAUUGUAGAUUGAUAAUUAUGUUGGUGCAAGUGGCAGGGAAAAAAUGUUUGUAAAUGUACAGUAGUCAGACACGAGAAAAAAGGACUGGUAGAUGAAGAGAACUUAGGUGGAUAUGAAAUUUUAAAUUUUAGUAGAGUAUAAUAUUAGUAUGAAAGA